AUGCAGAUUACCGCUGUUCUCGUCGCCGUCCUGGCCACCGCCGUCCUGGCCAAGCCCGCCCGGCCCGGUGUCCCCGUCCCCGUCGUCGACAAGACCCGCCGCGACGCUACCGUGGCCGCUCCCCCCGUUCCCUCUGGCGGCCCGUACGCAGCCUGCACCGGUCUUCUCUACUCCUCGCUCCAGUGCUGCGCCACCGACGUCCUCGGAGUCGCUGACCUUGACUGCGGCACUCCCUCCGCCGUCCCUACCAGCCCCGAAAACUUCGAGGCCAUCUGCGCCGCCGGUGGCCAGAUCGCUCGCUGCUGCAUCCUGCCCGUUCUCGGCCAGUCCGUCCUCUGCGAGACUCCCGUCGGUCUCUAA